CUUGUAAAACCUUCCCAUUGUCGUUCRUCAAGCGACGAUCACUGGUCUGGAUUCUGAACAUACAUCAGUAUCGGAUCCAGCGUUUUCGUAAGCCAAUGGCCGAAUCCGGGAAUUCGAUGUUGUAUUCUCUUCUCCUCUUUGUUGUUACUCUCUCACUCCAAGAAAUGUAUAGAGGGAAGUUAGCUUCGUCCGAACUAUUCACUAUACUUGGAGGGUUAACCAGUUCUCUAGUGUUCCUUUUCUUACUGACGUUCAUUGGAAAUUACCAGGAAACUUCUGGGGUUAAGACUGGAUGGGGUGCUGUUAUUCUAGCAGAGGCUGUCGCUCUGGUUGCUGCUGGCACUGUGCAUCGAGUUUGUAUAACGACUUGCUUCUUGUUCUCGGCUGCGUUAUUGUACGAGGUCAACAAGAUUUCAGGGGUGAUGAUCUCGAAAGCAGAAUCUAAAAGUCGAAGGCAUUGAAGGCGGAGACUAUUCCGAGCUUGUGACGCCUGCACCUGUUUUUGUUCUCAUUGUAACCUUCAAAGUAAGAUGAUAGAUACAAUAUUUUAGACCUAUAUAUAUACUACUCGCUGUACGUUCAAUUUCAUCUGCCGAUCAUGGCAAGGGUGCACUUGCAUCGUMAAGACUUAACUUCCGUGC